CUCUCUCUUACUGUCUUUCUCCCUGUCUCUCUCUUGUAUUUUUGCUUGUCUCUCUCUUACUGUCUUACGUGCUGUCCUCAUCUGUCUCUCCUAUACAUUUACUCUGCCAAUUUCUCUAUCUCUCUUUCUGUCUCUAUCUGUCCCUCACUGUGUGCGUGCGUGUGUGUGUGUGUGUGUGUGUGUGUGUGUGUGUGUGUGUGUGUCUCUGUCUCUGACUCUCUGUCUCUCUCUCAGUGUGUGUGUCUCUCUCUGUCUUUGUCUCUCUCUCUGUCUCUGUCUCUCUCUCUCUCUCUGUGUCUCUCUCUCUCUGUGUGUCUCUCUCUCUCUCUCUCUGUCUGUCUCUGUCUCUGUCUCUCUGUGUGUGUAUCUCUCUCUGUCUCUCUGUGUGUGUAUCUCUCUCUGUCUCUCUUUGAGCAUGUUCAACAACAAUAACCUCUUGUCUUUGGACCUGUCCUCGGUCAAAGAACUAUUUUCCUUCCUGUCCCCUCUUUGCACUUUUGAUUAAAUUGGCCUCGGCCCUAAUCCAGAGAUGUUAUUUGGUGAAAUGCCCCUUCUAACCCUACAGUCACAGACUGCAUUCUAUUGGUCGGUUUCAACGCUCCCCAGGGGUCACUACUUACUUCUUCCCAAAGUAUUUAUUUGAACCUCCUCACUAAACAGACCUGAGUGUUUCAACGGCAGUCAAUGAUUAACCACCAGCAUCAGGACUACUCAGAUGUACUACUAAGCACCACAGCAUUCCUGCAUGCAUGCCCCCGCCGCCCAAAGCACACGAGUCGUCCCUACUAUUGACCCUAUUAAACCCCUCCUGAAUGCAGUGCUGCCAGCUGUUUAAGGUCCAAAUGUGUGUUUCUAUGGAAACGAGACUGACUUUAUCUCUAUCCCCCCCCCCCCCCGCGGUGCAGAUCCGGGUGGUGAAUGCAUUCCGCAGCUCCGUGUCCCUCUAUGAGGGCAUGGAGAAGCCCGACCCGCGCUCCUCCAUCCAUAACUUCAUGAGCCACCCCGAGUUCACCAUCGAGGACUCGGAGACGCACAUCCCCCUGAUCGACGACACGGACGCCGAGGACGACGCGCCCACCAAGCGCAACUCGGCCAGCCCCCGCAACGCCUCGCCCGCCCCGCCCUCGCCCGGCCCCGCCCCCGGGAGCCCCGCGCCCAGCCCCGCCCCCACGCCCCCCCUCCAGGGCCCCGAGCCCCCGCCGGCCACGCCCAACCAGAACAAUAACGCCGUGGAGAGCAACAACCACCUCCACGUCGGCCUGAAGCCGCCGGCCCCCACCGCCUCGCCGCUGGCCAGCCCCGGGAGCCCCCUGCACAGCCUGGAGACCUCCCUCUGAACCCCCACCGAGGGAGGGGGCCCUCACAGCCUGGAGACCUCCCUCUGAUCCCCCCCCAGGGAGGGGGCCCUCACAGCCUGGAGGGGGCCCUCACAGCCUGGAGACCUCCCUCUGAUCCCCCCCCCAGGGAGGGGGCCCUCACAGCCUGGAGACCUCCCUCUGAUCCCCCACUGAGGGAGGGGGCCCUCACAGCCUGGAGACCUCCCUCUGAUCCCCCCCCCAGGGAGGGGGCCCUCACAGCCUGGAGACCUCCCUCUGAUCCCCCACUGAGGGAGGGGGCCCUCACAGCCUGGAGGGGGCCCUCACAGCCUGGAGGGAGACCUCCCUCUGAUCCCCCCCCCAGGGAGGGGGCCCUCACAGCCUGGAGACCUCCCUCUGAUCCCCCCCCAGGGAGGGGGCCCUCACAGCCUGGAGGGGGCCCUCACAGCCUGGAGGGGGCCCUCACAGCCUGGAGGGGGCCCUCACAGCCUGGAGACCUCCCUCUGAUCCCCCCCCAGGGAGGGGGCCUCACAGCCUGGAGGGGGCCCUCACAGCCUGGAGACCUCCCUCUGAUCCCCCCCCAGGGAGGGGGCCCUCACAGCCUGGAGGGGGCCCUCACAGCCUGGAGGGGGCCCUCACAGCCUGGAGGGGGCCCUCACAGCCUGGAGACCUCCCUCUGUUCCCCUGGGGCCGGGGGGGCCACACUGCUACUACUACUACUACUACUACUACUACUACUACUACUACUACUACUAGUACUACUACGACACACACACACCCCUGACACCACCUCCCUCAGUCCCCCCCAACCCCCCCUCCACACACACACACACACACACACACACACACACACACACACACACACACACACACACACACACACACACACACACACACACACACACACACACACACACACACACACACUGCUCCACGCACGCCACCACUUUACCGCCCAGCUCGGGAGGAAGCUCUGACUACCGGACAGAUGCACUAGCAGGGGAAGGGGAGAGGAGACGAGGAGGCGAGGAGAGCAGUCAAGGAGGGGCCGCAGGCUCCUCGGGGGGAGCAGGGGGGUCCGGGAUUGGCCCGGCUGGGCCUCGUGAUGCAUCAGACAUUGGUUCAGAGUGGAGGGUUUUGGUUGGUGUGGAUGCAUUUGUCUUUUUAAACAUUUUUUCUCUCCCCCCCCCCCCACCCCCGGACUCCCCGCCCUUGCCCCCCCACCCCCGGACUCCCCGCCCCCGGACUCCCCCCCCCCCCCCCCCCCCCCCACCUCCCUUCCUCCGUGGUAUAAUUGUCUUUUUCUCGGUGCACGAGAGGUGUGAUAACAAACUCGGAUUGAAAGUGACCUGUUUUUAUUAUUAUUAUUAUUGUUGUUGUUGUUAUUCUUCUUCUUCUUCUUAUUAUUAUUGAUUGAGGAGAAGAAGCUCCUCCUGGCUUGAUGAUCGGCUGUACGAAUUUAAAAGAAUCUCUACGCUUUUAUCUGAAUGAUGUAUAUUUAGCUCUCUGGCCCUCGCUCAUUCAAAGCCUCUGCUCCAUUGGCUGUUAAUAUUCUGAACUAUUUAUGUUUUUUUUUUUUUGAUAAAGCAGGUCUGUUUACAAAGUUUGUAGAUACUUUUUUUCUGUUCGUGGGCAAAAAGAGCUUCCUGGCGUACGAUCGAAUUAAAACUGGGGACAGUUUAAAAAAACUAAAAAGAAGAGACACAAAAGAUCGAAUGAGACACUAUUUCAGAUACUGCUGUAUUUUCAGGAAAAAAAGGGUGUUUCUAUGGAAACCUAACUAUUUUUGCCUGCACGUUUUACUUGUUAUAUAUUUGUAGAUAAAUAUAAAACUCUCUAGCCAAACAGAUAAACACUAAGGCUUGUGAAACAGUGGAACAGAGGUCUGCCGCAGGGGAUUUCACAGGAAAAAGGGUGUUUGUAGGACAAACCGGACCUCUCUCCACUCACAUUUCUAUGUAAAGUUUCUGAGGAGCUCCGAGUUCUAUUCACUCACUCAUUCAUUCAGUCAUUCAUGGGUUUAUUGAUUGCAUUCAAGGGCUCUGGACACCUUGAUGGUCACGUUUUGAAAGGGUAUGUUCUUAAGAGUUUUUGAAAACUGCUGGUUGACCUACACAUUGACCUUCUCUUGAUUUCUUUCCUCUCCUUUUUUUACAUCAGUCCCUGCCAAUGUACAAUAUUCAUAUUUGUUUACUCAGGCAUAGAAAGGAAUUAAUACAACAGCAACAAAAAAAAUCGACUAAGACGGAAUCUUUUAACUUAACUUUGUCUUUAGUAGCGAAAUGUUGUCUCUGGUCAAAUCAAAUGGAUUUUUUUUCCUUCAUAUUUCAUUCAAUCUUUAAGAUCUCUCUUUGGAACAACUUUAUGCAUCCCUCUAUCCCAUAUCUAUUUUGUUGACUCUUAAAAAAUAAUCCCUCACCACAAAAAAAUAAACAGUUUGUAUCGUCCAUCUUUGUCCAUAAGACUCCUUCUACCACCACCAUGAAAAUGUUGCUGCAUCUGGGUUGUUUGUAAAAUAUUUUUGACACCUGAUGUACUGGAAACAAACAAAAAAAAAAGGAUUUGACACGUCAACAUAAACGACACAUACACUGGUAUCUGCACAGGGUACUUUAUUUCAUAGCGUCCCUUGGGGAACAAAUUUUGAUACACACCAGACAAAUUGUACCUUUGUAUUUUUAUGACGACACAGAUGCUAACCUUUCCUCCUACUCGCAGAACGCGAGACUUGACACACAAAAACGCGGAACUGGGGUGGGGGGGCUUCGGGCUCUUGAGGAUUAAAACAAAUGGGUGUAAAUUGGUGUGAUAGGAAUAUUCUUCUCAGGGUGCACACGUUUUGAAAGAGAACCGGCUUCUAUAGUAGAGUUUGCGGUCAAAAUUGUAAUGCAUUGUGAAACCGAUUGGGGGAAUUCCUUGGCCGGCACGGUGACUGCAUAGCAUCGCUCCUGGUAUGAACCUGGAGGACGGAGGCACAAGGGAAAUGUUAACCACAAUAAUACAUAACGUUAUUUUCUGGAAAUGUUUUCUUUUUUUUUUGUCAUGUUUUACAGAUGAAAUAAAGCAGCUUGAUAUGGCGUACAAACUGAAGGAUGAGAAAAAAGCAGUAUCCAUACAAAGGAGUUUGUUCCGUAGCUUCUUCCUGUAACGGGAAUGAAUGUUUAUCCAUCUGUUUUCUGGACUUUUUUUUAACAUUUGGAAAAUAAAGUACUUCAUGUCUGGUUAUCUUGAGCAAUUUAAAUGGUUAUCGUGAUUGGAUUUACAUUUGAAACUUUGUCAAGUAAUGUGUAUGGUUUUUAAAAAUAAAAAAUGUAUUUAGCCUAAA